UGUACAGUUGGCAACGCUGUGUAUUAGCAGCGCCGUGUGUGUUGUUACAAAACCAAUUGCAUUUGUUUUCAUAUUUGUUAACUAAUUUGAAUUGAAAUGUCAAUACCAUUUAGCGGCACGUUACGCCGCUCGGGCGGCAUUGUCUCGGCUAUAGGCAAGCAGCUGAGAAGCGUUAAUCUAAAAGGCGUUAAACGCAUUACAGUGCAGUUUGAUCCUUUUGCCGAAAAUGUAAAAGCCACACGCGAGUUUCUCUUCCUGCUCUCCACGCCCAAAGUUUCGCAGUCGAAUCCGAAGUGUAUUGUAAAGCCGGAUAUUGUCUGCGAUCGUUCACCAGCUUUCAUUAAAUUUGCGCUUAUCGACUCGGCGCAAGAGCAAUCCAAGGUGAAGGAGAUACGCUUCAACAGCGACAAUCUAAAUACUCUGGAAUUGUUGCAGCUAUUAAAUAAGCACGUAUCCACAUUAGCGCCGCCGGAGGAGAUUGCCAAAAAGGUGCUGACCAAGGCAGAAAAACAGAAACUGGGAGGCGGAGCUGGUGGCAAGAAGCCCAUCAAAAAGAAAUAAAUUCCAAG